CAAGCUGAGCUGCCGCUGAGCUGCCAACAGGUGGCAGGAAGGCUCAGCUAAAAAAAUAAAAAUAAUAAAUUAAUUAGAUAGUGUGACCUUGUAAGGGCAUAUUUUGGGUAACUCCUACUGAACAUAAAUGCUAAAGAUGGCUAAAUGCUAAGAUAGCCAUUUAUAUUUUUAUGUUUUCAGUAUACCAUCAUUCUCAAUGCAUAUUUUCUAUAAAUACAGAAUUUACAAAAAUGUCAAUACAUUAAAUUGCAGUUUGUACGUUUCUUGAAAGAAUAUGAUGGUCUUUUUUAAAAACCAGGCCAAUUACAAAUGUUUAAUAAAUAUUUGCUGAAGGUUAUUAACAUCCCUAUAAUGAAUUUGAAAAUGACUUUCAAGGGAUACAGAAAUGUUAGUAUUCUCUUUAUACUAUAGUACCCUUGUCAAUAAGUGAAGUUAUUAUAUAUCACUAUUUUCCUUUUCUUCCAGAUAUAAAAUACCCUCCUCCACUCACCCUAAACUAUUAUAGAAUAUAAAAUGCUUGCGAGUAUAUUUUCAUCUCUUUAUCUUGUCCAAACUUUUUGUCAAAGAUACAAAGGUAUUGUUUAAAAUCCAAAUUUUAUUUUUCAAGUUCCUCUUCCUAGUUUCUCAAGGUUUUAUAUGUGUGAUACCUGCCAAGAUCUAAGUAAAUUACUAGUGCCAGGUUAUUAGAUGAUGUCAAAUUUUCUCUUCUUGUUCUGUGUCUGUAUCAUUUAGCUUUAUUAACCAUAAGUCAUUUACUUUUAUAAUUUAAGAAAUAUUUGGUUUUAUUUGUAUUGGUUAUAUUUGUUGUAGUAGUUUAUGAAAGACUGCUUUGAUUCCCAUAAAAGUCAAGCAAUUUAUACUAAAGUGACAAUUCAGUAAAUAUUUUAUUUUUAUCCUUAAUUAAAAUGGAAGUGGGCUUAACUAAAUUAUAUUUGGCUAUGUUUUAUGUCCAAAUUAGUGAGCUGUCAUGGCCCUUUUGUCAUGGAUGAUUAACAAUUGGUUCAAUGAGUGUAGGGAACACUUACUGUUUUGUAUUCCCAGAUUUUUACCAUCUCCUCCUUGGAAUAAUAGCAUUCUUCUUAUAAGGAAACUGCAUGUUCUGUUAUUCUGACUCCAACCACAUGACUUUUGUUGGUGCAGUGGUGUUUUUCAAACCCUAUGUUCAUAGUCCCAGAAAAUGUACACUUGGAUGGGUCUCUGUCCAAUGCUGAUAGGUCAAAACCCUUCCCAAGAAAGUAUAUCUUUGAGUUAAUUGACUUUAUUGCCCUUUUCAUGUUUGUAGAAAGACAUUGCCUGACUUUGGAGCUUAUAUUGACUUCUAAUAAAACAAAUGACUGGGGUGACCAGUUAGCUCAGUUGGUUAGAGCAUGGGGCUGAUAACACCAAGGAUUUUCAGUUUGAUCCCCACAUGGGUCACGGUGAGCUGUGUCCUUCUUAAAAGGAUCAACUAUGCCAUCGCACCAUGAAAGCAAUGUGCAACCAAUGACCAUGGCUGUUCCCCAAUAAAAUUUUUUUUAAAUGGCCAUUUCCUCUCAAUUUUAUCUGUCUAUGCACACAGUGAAUUUAUGAAGGAAAAAAAUCUCCAAAGGCUAUAUGUAGCCAAGAGGCUGUCAAGAAAUCACUUUUUUUUCCCAGGAGUUACAGGCCCAUUUCAAUUUGCUUGGGAGUAGAAACUGUAUUUUAAAAUUGAUAACUUCUAACAUAAUAGAACAAAUUAGUAUUUUUGUAAUAGAAUGUAAGCUCCUCAAGAGCAAGAAUUUUUGUGUUUAACUUACCGUUUUAUCUCCAAAAUCUAGACAUUUUUCUGCAAGAGAAAUACUUAUUAAAUGACUAAAUGGAGUUGUCUCCAGCCGUUUUGCAUACUGAACUUGUCCCUUUGUAAAGAAGAUGAAUAUAGAUAUAGAUAAAUAGGUAUUACUUUGCUCUUACAACUACUGUUAGCUACCUGGACACGACUUCAUAAAAGAUGAAGGGGAAAGAAGUUUAUGACACUUUAUGACCCAAAAGGCAUUCAGUGCGUUUUCGCUAUUAUAUUAUGCUUUGAAAUGAAAACUACUUGAAGUUGUAAAGCAGAACGCUUGGUGGCGCUGCAGGAUAACAGUGAAAAAAUGUCUCAGCGACUCCAAGACUCCACAAAGCUGAGCAGUCUCUGGCAGGCUCGCAAAGGAAACAUUUUACACAACUGGGGAUAGAAGGUUUCAGAGAGGCAGCUAUCCCCAUGUUAGUCAGUGUUAAGAACUAACCCAAGAUUAUUAAACCAAGAUUACAGAGUUGGCUACAAAGCAAUUAUUUUGUGGUUUAAUACUGGAUCUUUUGGACCCAGAGGAAGGAUGGAGAUGCAGCUACCCAAAGAGCUCCAGAAAAGGCAAGUGACCGCCAUUAUUAUUCUAUUACUAUUGUGGGAGGCGGGCGGUGAGACCAUUAAGUAUUCUGUUCUAGAAGAGAGGGACAGUGGCUCUUUUGUGGCCAACCUAGCAAAAGAUCUGGGGCUUGACUUAGGGGAGCUGGCCGCGCGGGGCGCCCGGAUUCUUUCCAAAGGGAACAAACAGCAUUUGCAGCUGGAUCAGAAGAGUGGGGAUUUGCUCCUAAAAGGAAAAUUGGACCGGGAAGAAUUGUGCGGUUCCAUGGAUCCAUGUAUACUGCAUUUUCAGGUGUUACUGAAAAACCCGGUGCAGUUUAUUCAAGGUGAACUACAACUCCGAGAUGUAAAUGACCAUGCCCCAGAAUUCUUGGAAAAGGAAAUCCUCCUAAGGAUCUCGGAAAGCAGCCACGUGGGGACUGCAUUUCCUUUGAAAAUAGCUCAGGAUUUAGACGUGGGCAGCAACACAGUUCAGAACUACACAAUUAGCACCAACUCCCAUUUUCACCUUUUCACUCGUAAUCACAGCGAUGGCAGGAAAUACCCGGAACUGGUGCUAGACAAAGCGCUGGAUCGUGAGGAGCAACCAGAGCUCAGGUUAACCCUCAUGGCGCUGGAUGGCGGGUCACCGCCCAGGACUGGGACAUCUCAGGUUCUCAUCAUAGUCCUGGACAUAAAUGACAAUGCCCCUGAAUUUGCUCAGCUGCUCUAUGAGGUGCAGGUCUCAGAAAAUAGCCCCAUAGGCUCCCUUAUCAUCGCUGUCUCCGCUAGAGAUUUAGAUGCUGGGACCCACGGAGAGCUCUCCUACUCAUUUUUCCAAUCCUCAAAUCAAAUCAUUCAGGUGUUUGAAAUAAACGCAGUCACGGGAGAAAUUCGAUUAAAAAGAAUGCUGGAUUUUGAGGAAAUUCGAUCUUAUCGUAUGGAAAUUGAGGCCUCAGACGGUGGGGGUCUUUCAGGAAAAUGCACUGUAGCCAUAGAAGUGAUGGAUAUAAACGACAACGCCCCGGAACUGACCAUGUCAUUACUCAUCAGUGAUAUCCAAGAAAACACCCCUGACUCUGUGGUAGCUGUUUUUGAAAUUUCAGAUCCAGACUCUGGAGACAAUGGUAAAAUGAUGUGUACCAUCCAAGACCAUCUCCCCUUCCUUCUGAAACUUACCGUAGAAAAUUUCUACACCUUGCUAACAGAAGGAGCAUUGGACAGAGAGAGCCAGGCAGAGUACAACAUCACCAUCACCGUCACCGACUUGGGGACCCCCAGGCUGAAAACCCAGCACAACAUAACCGUGCUGGUCUCCGAUGUCAACGACAACGCCCCGGCCUUCACCCAAACCUCCUACACCCUGUUCGUCCGCGAGAACAACAGCCCCGCCCUGCACAUCGGCAGCGUCAGCGCCACAGACACAGACGCGGGCGCCAACGCCCAGCCCUACCUGCCGCUGCCCGAAGCGGCGGCCGACCCGGCGCGGGCCGACGCGCUCACGGUCUACCUGGUCAUCGCGCUGGCGUCGGUGUCGUCGCUCUUCCUGUUCUCGGUGCUGGCGUUCAUCGCGGUGCGGCUGUGCAGGAGGGGCAGGGCCGCCUCGCUGGGUGGCUGCUCGGUGCCCGAGGGCCACUUUCCGGGCCACCUGGUGGAUGUCAGAGGCAGCGGGUGCCUGUCGCAGAGCUACCAGUACGAGGUGUGUCUGAGUGGAGGCUCAGGGACCACAAGCGAGUUCAAGUUCCUGAAGUCUAUUGCCUCCAACCCUCAAGAGUCUGUGAAUGAUGUGGAGGAAAACUCAAAUUUUGUAAGUGGUUUUGAGUUCAAUUAG